AUGUAUUUUGUGGUUUUCAUAAAUUGUCAGGAAGAUGUCCAUGUAGAAGAGGUUGAUGAAAAUACACCUGAUUAUAGUGAAUUUUUCACCACUACAACUAUAUUUCCCACUCGAAAAGCAUUACGUGAUUGGGUUACUGAAGUAGGUAGGCUGCAUAAUAUGGUGAUAAUUAUCGCUCGAUCACAAUAUGGUGAAGGGCAAGGCUUGGGGAAUGCAAAAGCUACCCUCACUUGUGAAAGAAGCGGGAGAUAUAGACUUCAUAAGUCUAGAGAACGUGUAGAUGUGGAGAAAUUUACCGGUACAAAAAAAAGACUGUGUCCUUUUCGACUUCAAGCGAAUGAGUGCUUUGGUGGUGGUUGGAGUGUCUAUGUCAUUAAUGGAAAGCACAAUCAUGAUCUUCCCGAUUUCAACGAGGGACGUGCACUUAUUGGCAUGUUAAGUAAAGAUGAGCUCAAUUUGGUAGAAGAAUUAACUAAAUCUCAUGUACCGCCUAGUCAAAUCAUGAAAGUUCUUAGUAGGGUGGAUGAAGAGACUUUGACUACAGUGAAACAUAUUUAUAAUGCCCGUCAGAAGUUGAAAACCGAGGCAAUAUGUGGUAGGUCUGUGAUGCAACAACUAAUGAAGGUGAUUGUUGAUAAUAACUAUCUACAAUGGCAUCGUGAAGAAGUGGGAACAAAUGUGGUUAGUGACAUAGUUUUUGCUCAUCAUGAUGUUGUUGAUCUAUUGUUUUUGUUUCCUUAUGUUUUAGUCAUUGAUUGUACAUAUAAGACAAACAGAUACAAAAUGCCUUUUUUGGAGAUAGUUGGAUAG